AUGGGUUCACCAGAGCUUGAGGAACAUGGUAAAACCAGCAUUCUCGUCAUCGCCGGGGUCAUCGGCCUUGGAUUCUUUGUCUUCUAUAUCAAUCGUCGCCUGAACCAGCAGACAUUGAAACGAUGCUGGGGUUCCCUGGAAAAGCGUGGCUGGAUCAAGUCCGCUGAGACCGAGGAGGAUCAACUGGAGAAACAGCAUCAAACUCCCGUGGCUCUCAAACCUCAGCAAUCGGCCAUUCCGGCAGUUCUCAAGAAGCCAGAACGAGCUCACCAAGCUCCAGCCCACAUCACAGCGAAUGACCACCCAGACGAUUGGAAACGUUUCAACCGGGACUCCGGGGCAAGCUGGGAUCCCACAUCCAUCAGAAGCCACCAUCUCGUCUGGCCGUCCAUUGGCUCCUCCGUGCCCGGCCUUAAUUUCGCUACUGCGGCUCCUCAAGGAGCCGCCUACCACGGUCGGCGCAGUCCGUCCCGCAGCCAUGACAACAACCACGCUAUCAGAAGAAACGCAAUAGAUCACGGACAAGGUACCGGCACCGGUGUCUGGCUUGAGGUUCCUGACAGCGGCUCGGCGUCAUCGCCACCCCCAGAGGCUGUGCCCAAGGCAAAAGAAAUAUUUCCGAUCCUUUCAGUCCCGUCACAGGCCGUUAGUAUUUCGAGCUUCAGCUCCAGUCCCACUCCCAAGUAA